GAUUCACCUACAUUUUUUCGAAAUGGCAUUUACUCAACCAUCGCAAGAUCGAAACCUUUGAUGUGGCUAAUCGUCCAUGUGCUACAAUGUGCAUGCUUUCUUGCAUCGGCGCUAGCUUCGCUUUUCCCAAACAAGCUUCCAUCCUUCCGAAACGCCGCUGGCGUGGGCCACUUGCUCGUUGGCUUAUCACUCUUGCUUGUACCUGCUCGAUAUAAUUCUGUUGCGAUCCAAGGAACCUUCGACACUCUCCAUGCUUUUUUGCAAUCAUACUCUGCACCCUUUCACCUUGGCCUUGCGUAUUUCCUACUAUCGCCAGCAGGCCUGCCCCAUCAGAAACCAUUUGUGUUUGCAAGGGCAUUCACUGCCUUUAUGUCCCUGUUUACAAGAUUGCUCACUGCUUGGCAUCUUACUGAGAAAUCCACUCGUGGCUUGCUUAUGUCGGAUCAUUUCAUCCUCUGCGCUCUUCUCACAGAUGGUGCUUGGUUACUGAAUGAAGUAGUGACGCUUUUCUCUAGCAGAAGGACCAAGCAAGAGGAAAUUGACCAAAUGUGCAAAAGGACGACUUUGUGGUUGGAGGGGAAGGGGUCCUUCUACUUGGAGAACGCAUUCUACAUCGAUGCAGGGCUGUGUCUUCUCACUGCCCUCGUACAUUUCGCCUUUCCACAACACAUUCUCAAGCUUAUAACCUCCACUGAACAUGCUUUGGACUCUCACCACAUAAUGUGGUGCCGAAUGUUUGGAUGUCUCAGUUUGUUGCCUGCUCUCUGCUCUUUACUUAUUCGUCACAUGUCACCAUCAGUGCAAAUCCACUAUUUAGGAAGUCGUUUAGUGAAUCAAGUCCUUAUUUUUAUCCUCAACAUCCUCGGACACUGGGCACUUUCGAUAUUCUCUCCCAAUCACAUCUCUGGCUUUAUGAUGUCGGGAUUCGUCAUGUCCUUCCUUUUUUCGGUAUUCUAUCGAGCGAACUCUCACUACCAGAAUUUUCCGAAAACUCGUCUCCAAAACAUUGCGGAGUCCCAGCUUCUAAAGACGAAAGACUCCUGAGCUGUCUGUACAAACCUAUAGCUUUCACAGAAGAUAUUAUUAUUUUAACCUCGUCGGAUCUCACUUACACCAUUAAGAUAUUUUCAAUUGUUUGCGUGUAUAUGAUUAAUCGUUCUCA